GUCCUAGAAAAGGGGGCGUGCUUUCAAAAAGUAAAUAUGAAAAUUCUAGUCACAUAGAGUUCUACUCACUGAGGGCAAGGCACUAAGGCGUUAAUACACAAACAAUAUAUAUUAAAGUUACCAAGACAUCAUAUAACUAUUUUACAGUUAAUCAUGAGAUGAGGUCAUAAUGUAGGACGUGAAAGAUAGUAUAAUUGCUUAUGGUAAAAUAAAUACAGACACAGCUAAGGAUUGACAAUGCCGCCAACAGGAAAAGAGGCAGCUUUGUUGGGAGUAGGAGGAAUAGUAGGGGUAUCAUUGGCGGCCUGGAGAACUAUGUUCCCAUGGAUUGGCUAUGAUUUACCAAUAUUGAAACUAGGAAGAAAAUAUGGAAAGAAAACAAUGACAGAUGCACUAAGUGGAAACUUUCUUGUUGAUCUUUUUGAAAUCUCUGCAAAAAAUAAUCCAAAAAAGCCAUUUAUAAUAUUUCAAGAUAGAAUUUUUACCUAUGAGUUUAUGAAUGAACAGGCAUGUAGAGUUGCCAAUAUAGCUUUACAGAUGGGAUUGAAGCUAGGAGAUACUGUUGCUAUUCUUGUAUCAAAUGAACCAGCAUUUGUUUGGACAUUUCUGGGUUUGCAGAAAAUUGGAGUUGCCGUUGCUUUGCUGAACACAAAUAACAAACAUAAGCCAUUACUACAUUCCAUAGAAAUCAGUGAAGCUAAAGUACUGAUUGUUGGUCAAGGAAGUGAUCUGUUUCAUAAUGUUGACGAUAUAAAACAGGAACUGCCCAUCCCAGUCUACCUAAUGGGAACAGGGAUAGGAGAAGCACCAGUAGGGUACCAGUCAUGGGACCAGUUGAUGUUAUCCGCUCCCCAUGUAGAGAUAAGCCGUACGGUGAGAUCAGCGAUGAAUCUAAUAACUCCCUGCUGUUACAUCUACACCUCAGGAACUACUGGUCUACCAAAGCCAGCUAUAAUAAACCAAACAAAAGCUAUAGGAAUGAGCAAGUUUUUAUACCUUGGUGGACUGGAACAUGAUGAUAUAGUGUAUACUGUUACCCCUCUCUAUCACAGUGCUGCUAUACUAGCCUUGUUUACAACCAUGGAUUGUGGUAGUACAAUGUUACUGCGGACAAAGUUUUCUGCUCAUCAUUAUUUUGAGGACUGUAGAAGACACAAUGUCACAGUCAUUCAGUAUAUAGGAGAACUUUGUAGAUAUCUACUAGCUGUACCUGAGCAUCCAAAAGAUAAAGUCCAUAAGAUAAAGGUAGCUUUGGGCAAUGGACUUAGGAAAGACAUUUGGGAGAAGUUUAGGGAUAGAUUUAAUAUACCACAAAUUGUAGAAUUUUUUGGUGCCUCAGAAGGAACAGCUGCUACAUUCAACGUUAACGGUAGAGUUGGUGCUUGUGGAAGACUUUCUCCACUUCUUUCCAAACUACAUCCCUCUGGAAUGGCUAUUAUUAAAUAUGAUCGUUUGAAAGAUGCUCCAUACAGGGAUAAGAAUAACAGAUGUCUUCCUGUGGAAUUUGAUGAACCAGGAUUGUUUAUAGCAGGAAUACCAGAAUAUUAUAAAGAUAAAUUCUACAAAGGUCCUCAAGAAGUAAAUGAGAAGAAAGUCCUGAGAAAUGUGUUUAAAGAUGGUGACUCAUUCUUUAACUUUGGUGAUUUGAUGUACAUGGACAAAGAUUACUUUAUUUACUUUCAAGACAGAGUUGGGGAUACAUUCAGAUGGAAAGGAGAGAAUGUGUCCACCAAUGAAGUAGCCAAUAUUAUAACUUUCAUGGACUUCAUUCACGAUGCUAAUGUUUAUGGUGUUACUGUUCCAGGUCAUGAUGGAAGAGCAGGCAUGGCAGCAUUGCAUUUAAAUGAAAAUGAAAAGUUAACUACAGAAAGACUGAAACAAAUUCAUGACCAUUGUUCUGAAAAUCUACCUAGUUAUGCCAGACCACUGUUUCUACGAUUGGAGGAACAAACAAGAGUCACAGUGACCUUCAAACAACACAAGGUUGACCUUGUCAAGGAAGGUUAUGACCCUAGGAUCAUAUCUGAGCCAUUGUAUUAUUUGUCAAAUGAAGCUAAGACUUAUGUCCCAUUAGAUGCCAGCAGUUUUGGAAGUGUGCUCAAAUCAAGGCUUUGAUAUAUAUAAUUUACUGAACAAAAGUUGUUUAAGUGCUAUUAAUCAGGAAGUAGAUUAUUUUGAAUAUUAAGCUUUAUAAUGAACAGUCAUGUUGUAAGGGUAAAGUUCUUGGAUAUGUUUUAUUUUUUUAAUAAUAAGCUAUACAAUGUAUAAUGAAUGGUCCUCUUGUAAGGGAAAAGUUCUUGUGUUUUGAGAAUUUUGUAAAAAGAAAUCAAUUGUGUUGUUAAUUGAUGUAGUUCAGGAAUUAUAUUUUUAUUAAUUUUUAUAAUAUGACUAUAGGUGAGUCUUGCAAUAAUACCUUGCAUAAUGAUAUCUGAUACAUAUAUCUGUAUGGUGCUUUACCUGAAACAACAUUGCUUAAUACUAUCACAAAUUUGGUCAAUAUUGAAAAAUCACAACGAUAAAUACACACAAUAGUUUAUUAAUAUACAA